UCCCCUUGACUCUCAAGGCUUGUGUUUGCUUUCGCUUGAUGGCGGCGGUGUGCGUGGCCUUGCAGCUCUGUAUACACUCAAAGGCAUCAUGAGCAGACUAAACUAUGAGCGCCAUCAAGAGGGGAAACCACCAGCAAAGCCUUGUGAGAUAUUUGACCUUAUCGGUGGUACUAGUACGGGCGGCCUCAUGGCCAUUAUGCUUGGUCGACUAGAGAUGGACGUCGACGAAUGUAUCAGCAAGUUCUCCCAGAUUUCGGAGGAAAUCUUUCGGGAACGCUCAAGUUGGUUUUUCCUUGAUCGAAAGGCCAGAAUAAAGGGACGAUUCGACUCAAAGAAUCUUGAACGCGCAGUCCGUGCAGUCCUCAAAGAGCGCAAUGUUGCCGAAAAUGAAAUGUUGGACGACGGUGUCUCCCGCGGAUGCAAAGUGUGAGACGUCUACGACACGAGUCGCAUUUUCGGAUUUAUUCUUUACUGACCUAGACCUCCCUAGAUUUGUCUGCGCAACUUCAAAGGAUACUAAGGAGGUCAAGCGUCUUAGGAGUUAUACUAUACCCGAUGAACUAAACAUUAAACCAACGAUCGUCGAAGCGGCCCUUGCGACUUCGGCGGCCACCUCAUUCUUCGACCCUGUCACUAUAGGAUUUCGGACUUUUGUUGACGGGGGUGUGGGAGCGAACAACCCAGUGAAUCAGGUCGAACAAGAAGCUUCGAAUAUAUGGUGUCCCAAAUCUGGAGACCUGAAACCACUGGUAAAAUGCUUUGUUUCCAUUGGGACCGGCAACACAGGAAAGGCCGCGCUGGACUAUAACGCGGCGAAAUUUGCGCAGGCUCUGGUGGAUCUUACUACGGAUACCGAAUUUACAGCUAAAGACUUUAUUGCACGCUGGCGUGGACAUUAUGAGGAGGGCCGAUAUUUUCGAUUUUCCGUGGACCAUGGCAUAGAGAAUCUGGACCUCGCUGAAUAUCGAGCGCAGGGACUGAUUGAAGCUGCCGCUGACGACUACAUACAUCACCAAGAACAAAAGUUCAAAAUCCAAAGCUGUGUUCAAAAUCUUCUGAAGAAAGAAAUGACUGAUAAUGGUCGCCAAUUUAGUAAAAGCUGGGAAAGAUAUAGAAAACGCAAUUCAAAACCACUUGACUCUGAAUUUACUGUUCCUUUCGAUCUCACAGGAAUCCGCUAUACUGCUCAAUUUAUUGGGCGCGUCUCAGAACUCGCACAACUCCGGGAACUUCUCCUCUCAAAUGAGUUCAACCGGCGCAAAGUCGUUGUAUUACAAGGACUCGGUGGUAUUGGAAAGACUCAACUGGCUAUUGAAUUUGCCAGGAGACAUCAAGAGAGCUUCAGUUCUAUUUUCUGGAUUAGUGGAAAGACUCGAGAAAUGCUUCUUCAUUCUCUGGCAUUAGUCACCCGUAGACUUGCCUCUGAGCAAAAUGACGAAGCCAUUGUGGAGGAUAUGAAAGACAGCAAGGGCAUCGAAAAAAGGGCCAGGGAAGCUCUAAACUGGUUUGCUCUCAAGGGAAACAAUAAAUGGUUGAUCAUAUUUGACAAUGUUGACAAAGAUCCUUCGGGCGAAGUAGAAGACGAUGAGGCUUUUCCAGUUGAGGAUUUCUUUCCAGGGGCUGAUCAAGGUGCUAUAAUUAUCACGACCCGCCUACGACAGCUUCAGGAACUCGGAGAUUUUAUUCAUCUAAGAACGAUGGCGCAGGACGAUGCACUGGAACUUCUUGCUGCGAGCGGCAAAUCCAGCGUGUUCAAAGAUGAAAACGACGAUUGGAACUCGGAAACUUUAGAACUUAUCAAGAAGCUCGAUGGCUUGCCUCUAGCGAUAGUCCUUGCCGGUUCUUAUAUCAGUCGCACGGGCAUGAAAGUCGCAAGGUAUGCUCAAUUGUAUUCAGAAGAAUGGGGCCGACUCCAGGGCAAAAGGGGCCCUCGCGACUAUUCAAACGGCAACCUCAGUACUUCUUUGACUAUCUCAUAUAGAGAAAUCACGCGGACAGACCAACUUGCUGCAACGCUUCUCUUGUUUCUCUCAUCCUUUGAUAACCAAGAUAUUUGGUAUGGAUUGUUAGAGCACGGAAAGAGUGGCUGGGACGCUCCAGAAUGGUUUGAAGAAAUUGUUUCUGACGAAGUCAACUUUUAUACCGUUAUCGGAACAUUGUCAGAUUAUUCAUUUGUCGAGAAAAAGGAGAACGCAGAGGGCUAUUCGAUGCAUCCCGUGGUCCAACAGUGGUGUCAAGAUUAUCUUAAAAGCGCUAAGAAUUGCAAGAGCAUAUAUAUCGCUGCAUUUGCGUGUAUAUGCAAUGCCAUUCCAUCCACUAACGAACAGAAAUUUUGGAUUUUACAACAACGCCUCCUGCCUCAUGCCAAUAGAUUGCUGCCUUUUUUCCAGGAAAAUUUUUCUGUGUUGGAAUGUUUAAACGACUCAAAAAUCCUUGAAGUCGUCAGCAGACUGGGGCAGCUUUAUACCGAACAGGGCAAAUUGGCCCAGGCCGAAGUUGUACUUCGUCGCACGCUUGAGAAACAAGAGAAAAUAUUGGGCGCAGACCACUUGUCCACGCUGGAUACGGUCAGAUACCUGGCGCAACUCUAUUGGGACUUGACAAAAUUAGCUGAGGCUGAGGCCAUGAUCUUGCGGGCUCUUAAAGGAAAGGAGAAAGUUCUCGAUCAGAGUGACACAGAGAUUCUAGGGUUGAUGAACUCUCUUGGCGCCGUACUCUAUUUGCAGGAGAGAUUUGACGAAGCCGAAGUCAUGUACCAACGUGUCAUUGAAGCAAAUGACAAUAGGAAAUCCGGUCAAGACGAUAUUGCAGCUGUAAAGGCGACCAAUAAUCUUGGAGGAAUACGCAGCACCCAGGGGAGGGUGGAGGACGCCAAAAAGCUAUUUCGGAAAUCACAUGAAAUGGCGAGAAAGAGUCUUGGUCCAGACCACACCCUGACAUUAAAAUCCCUCUUUAACCUUGCUGUCAUAUAUCACAGAGAAAAGAAUUUGGAUGAGGCGGAGAAGAUCCAUCAACAGGUGUAUGAUGGCUAUGUAAAGGCAUUCGGAGCAAACCACUUGUAUACCAUGGAUAGUUUACAAAAGCUGGCCAAUGUACUCAGGGACCAAGGAAAAUUAGCUGCCUCUGAGCAGAUGUACUUGCAGGUCCUAGAAGAGAGGGAAAAGGUAUACGGGGAGAAUCAUAGGUGGACUGCAGAAGCUCUGCAGGAGCUGGGACUGAAUUAUAAGGCUCAGGGAAGACUUGAGGAUGCCGAGACCACGCUGUUGCGCGCGUUAAAAUCACAAGAAAAGGCGAUGGGCCCAACCCAUGAUGAGACGCUGGAUAUUGUGGAGCAGCUGAGUCUGCUUUACUUAGAACAAGGGAGACACAAAGAAGCGGAGGCCAUGAAAGGCCGGGUCAACCAGCCUCCGGCAUCCGAGGCUCGUGAGAAUCCCUAAGGGUUUGAUAACUAACUAACUUA